GGGGGUUGGGUUGCGACUCUCAUUGGAUAGAGUUGUACCCUGUCGUCUUCCUUGAGAAAUGGCUACCGCGGAAGUCGAAAGGCAACGGGGGCGAUAUGCUGCUCUCUCCAUUGCCGCAAUGGUGAUCGUAGUGGGAAUUCCACUUUGGUGGAAGACUACCGAAACAUAUCGUGCAUGGCUUCCCUACUCGCAGAUCAGUGAGCUGGACUCCCUUCAGCUCCAGCUUAGUGUGGAGGUGGAAGUGGUGUUCUCCCGGGGGACCCUGAGCCCAGAGCAGCAGAAGAAGAUUCCUCUGACUCAGGCCCAGGAGCAGCAGCACCAGGUGGAUGCAAACACACGCCUGAAGUACAGGUAUGAGACGAAGUACCGCACGGCCACUAUCAUGGAGGAAGAUGCCUUGAGCCAGCCGACAGCUCAGGAGGCUGACCUGGCUCUGCACAGGCUGAGUGAGAGCCCCUGUGGCUCAGUGGUGGUGUACGUGAUCCCAGAAUCCUCCCCGCUACUGGCAGAGGGUGUCAAAGUGCACGUAGGCCAGCGGCGGACAGCACUGCUGCGAGGGCAGUCGGGAUUGGCCGGGGGUCUGAAAGAGGCUUUGGCUGUCCUGGACCCCCGGAUUGAGCAGGUGGUUCACACCAUGUCCUUCAGCCACAGUGACAUCACCGCUGCACUCAGCAACAGGAUCAGGGUCAGCCGGCUGAGCAGAGACGGGCUGGCCGACAGCAUGAGAGCCUUCAAGGCCAGUCCAGGUUAUGAGAUCACCUUCAGCCUCUUGAACCCGGACCCUAAGUCCCACAGGCUGCAGUGGGACAUAGAGGGAGCGGUGCGCAGCUACAUACAGCCGCUGCUCGACAAGCUGGCUCCUGUCGCCAACUUCUCUGUGGACUCACAGAUCCUUUAUUACGCUGUCCUGGGGGUGAACCCACGUUUUGACAAUGGCGUUUCAGCAUACACUCUGAGCGCAGACAGCCUUGCGCACGUCAUCAACCCUGUGGAAGCCAGGCUUGGGUCCAACGCAGCCUCUUCCAAUCCAGUGCUGAACUUCCUCCUGUACGUGCCCGACGCCCAACACUCUCCGCUCUUUAUCCGGAACCGCAAUAAAAACACGGUGCCUACCAACGCCUUCCAUAGCCCCCGAUGGGGCGGCAUCAUGGUGUACAACGUGAACGAUCACUACGGACCAGAUGCCGAGUUCCCUGUCUCCGUGAAUAUUGACAUGGCGCGUGUGAUGGGCGUCUUCCUGGCCCAGUUACGGCUCAUGCUGGGGGUGCAGCAGACCCGGCCUCCCCCUGGCUUCUUUCUCCAGAGCCCGGGCAGCGCGGGGCUGGCGGACUGGGAGCUGGACCGCCUGCUGUGGAGCCGAAGUGUGGAGAACGUGGCCACAGCCAGCACCACCAUCACCUCCCUGGCCCAGCUGCUCGACCAGAUCGGCAACAUUGUCAUCAACGACAACAUCGCACAGCAAGUGUACAGCGCUGUGACGUCACUGCAGGCCGCGGUAGCGGAGCUGGAGGCGGGGAACCUGGCCUUCGCGCUGCAGUACAGCCGCGAGGCCAUCCUGGCGUCCGAGAGGGCCUUCUUCGACCCGUCCCUGCUGCACCUGCUCUACUUCCCCGACGACCAGAAGUUUGCCAUCUACAUCCCCCUCUUCCUGCCCAUGUGCGUCCCCAUCCUGCUCUCCCUGCUCAAGAUGGCUGGGGAGCUCCAGCAGAGACGCGCAGAGCAGCGCACCAAGAGAGACUGAGAGACCGUGCUACAUGCGCUCUGACCGCGCCGAUGCCCUCUGACCACACACACAGACUUACAAAUGAACACAUGUGGUGUGCAAGGGUGGCUCCUCCUGUUAAGGCACUGUUGUAAUGAUGGACAGUCUGGUAUCAAAUCCGGACUGUGCCGACAGUUAUGCACACUUGGCUCAAGUGUCGCCCAGAGAUGGGAAGUCGGCCGGGAAGAUGGCACCUCAUUGUGCACGAGUGGUUCAAAUUCACUGUGGUGUAAUGAGAAUAAUUUCAAAAUUUAGCAGACCUACUUAUAAAAAUACGGUUAAUAUCAUGUGGUUCGAAGACAAUGAGCACAUGCUUCUCUGCGCGCUCCCAAAUCAAUGGCAGAGGUUGGGGCAAUGAGUGCUGAUAAACACUAUAGGGCAUUCCAAAAGAAAAAUACACAUAUUUGUGUAGUGCACUGUUAAGAAUUAGAUUUUGCAACCACUAGUCAAAAUGGGAAAAUGUUUCAGAUUUAACUUUUUUUUUUCUAUAUUGUAUUUAUUUGUAACUGUUUUAACACUGGUGUUUUUUGUGCUAUAGCCCUUAUUCUGGACAAAUAAGGGUUCUGCUGAAUGAAACGACUGCAUCUUUGGUCUUUAUUGAGCUGUGUUGUUUGCCUCUCAUUUUGUUGUGGCAAUCGAAACCAUGUUUAUGGACCUUGUACCUACUGCAAGGGCACUGCAAUGACUCAAAUUUAAGAAGUGAAUGGCAAUGCUAGCACUAGAGAUAAAGAGUAGUUAUAAGAGAUAUAGUUGACAAUGGCAAUUUACCUGAGAGACUGCGAUACUGGGAGGGGUUACCAUCCAAUCAGCAUUGAGACAAAGCAAUCCGACAGCCUUGCAAACGGGCUGAUAAAAAGGGUGCAUGGGGUUGACAGGCCGCAAUGAAUGAGGCCAUCUUCGAGUAAGUGGGGGAUGGGAAGUAAAGUAGCUUCUGCCACUUUUUGAACAUUUCCCCUGACCGAAGAUGCGAGUUUGCAAGUGCAAAUCCACAGCCGGCUCUCAGCAUGUCCUUCUGAGAUUAAUUUACUCCAACUUGGUUCACAUUUUGUAAUUUAUGCCAUUGUGCCACUUAAAUUAUGACUACAUGUUACACAAUGUAUAAACUCUAAUAAAUGUGUCAGUUAUAAAUGGCCUUGCAAUAA